UUUCGCAUAGACAGUAAGGUUUUUUUUCGGCAUCAUUCGAAGGCAAUAAAACUGCCUCCAGGAUUUCAUCAUAAAAGAUGUUCAGUGCUUCCAGCCCACAUGCUCACCCAAUGCAAGUUGGACCUGCAGGCUCUGAAGCAGAGAGGGUUGUAAUUAAUGUUGGUGGCCUGCGACAUGAAACUGACAAGAGCACCCUCAUGUCCAUCCCGGGCACACGCCUCACCAACCUAGCCUCUGACUCACAGAAACAUUCGACCUCUGAGUUUUUCUUCGACCGGGACCCGGGAGCGUUCGCCCCCAUCUUAAACUACUACCGCACCGGGAAACUGCACUGCCCGGCAGAUGUGUGCGGUAAAUCGUUUGAAGCGGAGCUUUCCUUCUGGGGAGUCAGCGAAACCGACGUGGAGCCGUGUUGCUGGAAAAACUUCCGACAGCAUCAGGAUGAAGAGGAGGCGCUGGCUCAGUUCGAGCCGGAUGAGGGAUCCCCAGACUACAGCACCCAGGAGGGGGGACCGGGGAGAAUGCAGACAGCUUGCAUGCCAAAAAUGUGGGCCCUCUUUGAUGAUCCCCAUUCAUCUGUAGCAGCCAUGAUCAUCUGCAUUCUCUCUCUGCUCUUCAUCCUUAUUUCCAUUAUUUGUUUCUGUGUGGGGACCCAUAGCCACUCCGAACAGUGGACACUGGACAUUGAAGAUGGAAAUGAAACCUAUGUGGAUGCUUAUGAUAUUUUUCUGUACAUGCAUCCUAUCCGUGCUUUGGGUAUAAUAGAGCUUAUCUGCAUCAUCUGGUUCACCGUUGAGUUCUUGAUUCGCAUCAUCAGCUGCCCAAACAGGCUUAAGUUUGUCCUGAAUGUCCUGAACAUCACUGACUCUCUGGCCAUCCUGCCCUUCUACGUGGAGCUGUGUUUAGGCUGGUCGGUCCAUGAGCUGGCGUUGAGGUUCCUGAGGUGUGUGCCCAUGGUGGCGCGCGUCCUCCGACUCCUGCGGAUCUUUAAGUUGAUGCGGCACGUGACUGGCGUUCGGGCACUGGGCCACUCGCUGCGUGCCAGCGCCUAUGAGCUCUUCCUCCUGGGCGUGGCUCUCUCCGUAGUUGUCCUCGCAUUCUCCACCCUGGUCUAUUUCGCAGAGAAGGAUGAAGCAGACUCUCUCUUUGACAUUUCUUCGGCUUUAUGGUGGGCCGUGGUUACCAUGACGACCGUGGGGUACGGAGACAUGUGUCCACGCACGUGGCCUGGUAGGGCAGUUGCCAGUCUGUGCGCCGUGACAGGAGUCCUCUUCAUCACCAUGCCCGUCCCUAUCCUCGUCAACAAGUUUGCCAAGUACUACGCUCUGACAGAGGCCAGGCAAAGACAACAGACCAAGAGGAGGAGGGGUGAUGAGCAGUCUGCGGGGGCCAGUGCCCCUGUCUGGAGGGGCGUGGACAACCUCCACAGACAGUGA